UUCUAUGGAAACGGGGCGGGAAUCAUGGGAGCUGUUUGCGCUGUUGAGAAUACCGGAAGUGAAGGGAGAUUCGAAAAACAAAGAAAUAAGUGGAAUAAGCAGACGCGACAUGUGUUUGUCAGAGUCAUGGCAUGAUGCUGAGCGUAAGGAGAAACAUGGUGUUUGGAUGUUCUCGGAUGUUUACCAUCAAUGCCAAGAAUGGAGUUGAAGUUGGAGGUGUUGUUGUCAUCCAGCAUCAAGCGCAAAAAGCCAUGGCCCAGAUUCUGCUGGCUGGGGAAGGAGAAAGAGGCUGUUUUUCUAUUAGACGACAAUCGCCUCAGUGAAAUACAUUUGGUGUCGGGGCGAACUAAAAAGAAGACCCCGAAACUUCAGCCACUGUUACAGAGAGUGGUGACCAUGUCCGCCUCUCCGAACGGUAUGUGGCUCGUGGGUCUUCUGGUCUCUGGAGAACUGUUUCUGUGGAAUAAAGACAAAGACUCCUUAAAGAUGGUCUCCGCUUUCCCUGCCGUUCAUGAGCUGGCUUCUUCCAUCAGAGGUACGGUCACUACGGUUCAACUUUCUCUGCUGGUUUCGGAGAAUGGACAGAGGGUUUUCCUGGCGGCUCUAACAGGGCAGGUGUUCCUCUGGGAAUGUUCGGCACCUCAGGAUCUAAGCAGUCCACGAGAUAUCACAGUGAAAGGACGCUGGAGUGAGAUAUCACAUCCUGAAAGCACUCAGCUUCCCUCCUCGAAGGGCAAAGAGGCGUCGGUUCAUAGCGUGUUUGUGAAGAAUCAGGCCGUCGGUGACGUGUGUCUGAGCGUGUUUGUCUUCAGUACUGAAGAGCAGUUGACCAUCACCUUUCUGAAGAUUCGGUGGGAGAUGAUAAAGGAAAGCAAGCACAGCUCAGCAGGUUUUACUGUACACUGGGUUUCCAAGUCUUACCUCUUCGACCGGCUUGUGCCUCCAUGUAGACCAGUGAAGUCCAGAGGAGCUCUGGUUCCAGCACUAUCACCAGAUGGUCAAUUACUGGCGAUAGUCCUUAACCAGAAGGACCCAAGGGUAACUCAGGUGUUGUUCGUCAGCACGCAGAACUUUGUCACAGUUUCUAGUCUGUUAGGAGGAUGUGGUCUAAAGGCGAUCAAUAUUCCAGCCAAGUAUGUGAGGUCAUACUGGGUGGGGAGUGUUAGCUGGACACCAGAAGGCCUUUAUCUUGUCUGUGUUUUAAAGAGGGGCUCUCUGCUCAUGCUGGCACGUUUGGGUGGACUGGUGUCUCUGUCCACAACUGGAUGCAACAUUGAGUUUGGUCCCGCCCACUUCCUGCCUCUUCACCCAUUGGUCACCUACAGACCUCCAGCACCUCUUCACACACAAGAUGGCUCUCUCUCCAGCUCCAGCGCGUCACUCUGUGACCCUAUGAGACAGCGCUACUCCAUCACCUGUCACCCACGGCAACCGUUACUCAUCGUGUCUGAUGGCUACAUGGUGACUGUGCUCCGGCUGCCCAGACGGCCGUCUGCGACUGCGAUUACGAGCGCUCUCCUGCUGCACGCUGCUCAAGGGCUGGAGAACAUACGCUGGGUCAUGGGGUCAUCAUCUCGGGUGCAGCCUCAGGUCAGAUCCAGACUGGAGUCCAUGUCCACUCUGAUGUUCACAGGAAGUCUGCUGGCUUUUAAAGAGACAGAACCACCUCUCUCUACUCUACCGCUGUAUCUGCAGGACACUGGCGAUACAGAGAGAGCUCAGGGUGAGGAAGAUGACGAUGAUUCUGACGAUGGUCUCCACUCACGCAUGGAAAGUGAAGGCAAGCUGGAGUUUGCGUCAAUGUUUGACACUCUUCAUGCUCACGCAGAAGACCCAAAACCAACAUCUUCAGCCGUGCAGGAGGAUCUCACCAGGGUUUACAGGAACCUCCUGACAGUUUGGGCUCUGGCCGUGUCUCUGCGAGGCGCUGUUGAGCAGAGAGAGCGUCUUCUCAAGUACACCAUCACCUGCGUCGUCCGACUCAUUAACCUUCUUAGGGUCAGCGCCUUUAUCAGCAGAAAAAAUCAAUUGAACUGGGUCACGUGCACCCUUCGCAUCCUCAGAACUCUCCUGUCGUUUUUGCCCUGGGACACCACACGCAGGGGAGGAAGCAGCUGUCUGCCCGUCGCAGUUGAGCUUAGCAGGCGAUUUGUUGAAAUGUUCCUCCCAUCAUCUGAUGUAGCGCUUUCCUCACACAACUUCAACGCAGCUCUGCUCGUCCUGCGGGAGGCGUCUCACAGCGUGAAUCUGACCUACAGCAUGCAGUCGAGAGCAUUGCAUUAUGGGAAAGAUGAUCAGGUUUUAUGUUCCUCUGACUUGUUUGCAGUCCGGCUGCUACAUGAGGACACUGAUAUCAACACUGAGACCAUGAAACCAACAGCACGGGACAGAAGUCUGCCAUCCAAUAGAUUGGUGGUUAUUUGGCGUGACGUGUACAGGCGAGCUUUGAAAUACCAGAUGAUGCUAAACAACAGCAAAUGUGAUGAGGGCAUACAGCCUGAAUGUGAGAAGAUGUCAAUCAUUAUACCUGAAAUUCAGAAGGUUUUGCAAACAGCUGGAGACCGUCUUGAGGACAGCCACGCCCUGCGAAAUGUCACAGGUGAAGAGCUAUUUAUUUUAGGUGAAUAUACAGACAGUGUUCGGGUCUGGAGAGCUGAAUUGUGUGCAGAAAGAGAGAAAGCAGGUCCGUUGACGUGUUACCUGGAGACGCGCUACUCUCUGGCCCUUCUGUACGGUCACCUGUUCCAGUAUCACCUGCGGGAGGCUCAGGGUCUGUGUGACCGUCUGACACGACAACUGCAGCCACAUACAGGACAUCAGGAAGAGAUGCCGGGAUUGGCUGAUGACCCUAUAUUUGAUGGCUGGUUCUUAGGGCCAGUGGGCCGUGAAGCCGCUCUUGCCGUGGUUCAGUCUCUGGCCAGGUUUAUGGCGGCGUACUUCACCAACCGUCCUCUCUGCAUUCUGCCUCCGCACAGUGUGGAAGUGCUGCCUGCCCUUCACUUACCUCACGACGCAGGCAGGCGUGUUGUGGAGUUGUCUCGGAGCCGUGUGGUGGUUGCCUUGCGUUCUCAGCAUCUGUCAGACGUGUGGACGGUGGACUACGCUCUAGAGCUCCUCCUGCUGGGCGGGCUGCUGCCAGAGGCCGCGUGGAUGGCGCAGCAUUUGGGCGACUGGAAGAUGGCAGCGACCCUCAGCCUGGCCUACAGCAGCUACUGCAGCGAGCGUUUGGACAUGAGCAGUCUUAGAUGGAGAGAGCUACAUCUUCCCACACAACUGCACCCCGCCGUCAUCUUUCAGACUCAGCUGGAGAUGUUACUGGGACGAGCCGUCGAGUCUGAAGGAAAUGACAACACAGACCCAGCUUGCGUUGAGGAUGUGGAGCUUCUUCAGGUAUCUGUGCAGGAGAUCUUAAAGGCAUCGGUCAUGGCCGAGGUGGACGUCUUCUCUCAACCUCUCAAACGCCUGCUAGAAUCAGCUAAGGAACGAGCAACAUCACUUCCUGUUUUAUUACCUGCUGCGUUCUAUCUGCCCGCCCCCCCUCUGUACUGCCCGCAACCUUCACCAGACACACAGGAAACGCGAUCGGCGCAUCUGGAUCUGGAGCGAGACUCUCGCUGUCAGCUCUCUGGACUGAUACAGAAGGUUUUAUUGCUCUUUAGAGCCGCACACAGCUCUCGGCCCACGGCACAGUGGUACAUCAGGAAGCUACAUCACUGCAGACAUCUACUACACAAGAUCCGGAAGAAGGCGUCUGAGCCUAACUUUGAAUUCAUUCCAGAAGGACUGAAAAAGUUCUCCAGUCAUCGUGGAUUCUUCCAAUCAGGGUCUAGGAAAGACGUGGAUGGUGUUACCGUGCAAACCAUAAUAUGUUUCAGAGAGUUGUGUGCCCUUUGCUGGAUGCUUCAUGCAAGAGACCAGCUCACCAUCUCCUGUAGAAGAUACCAGAGUGUCAGGAACCAGCAGAAAGACGCUCAGAUAAGUGAUGUCAGCGUGGCAGAUUUGUGCGUCGAGGCCUUGGGCUGGGCAUGUCGUCUUCUGCCUUUCUGUCGCUUCUUGAACGCUGAAGAAGCACUGCAAGACUUAGUCUUGAGUCUGGUGGCUGAACUACCGCCUAGUCAUGUGAUGGCAGAAACUCUGGCAAGAGUGUUCCCCGAAGAGGAGGAGUCUGUUCGCGUGCCACUCCGGGAGAAGUAUACCUCACUAGUGCAGAGAUUGAGACCCGUGUCGGUGUCAGACACCACAGCAGAUGUGCCAUCAGGAAGUCAAAGAGAAGAUGUUUCCGGAGAGAGCAUGAUGAUUCUGAUUCGAGAUCAGCUGAGACGGCGGCGACGGGAGCUUCGGCGUCUGGAGAAGCACCUGGCCGCAGCCGAGCAGUUCUUGUGGGAGAGAGAGGAGGAGGAUGAGAGGGGAGGUGCAGACUCCAUACUGAAGCGUCUCUCUCUCGGGACGAGCUUGAGCGACAGCACUUUGACUGACUGCGGGCAUCCUCUAGUGUACAGUGAAGGAGACACGGCUGAGACUCCGUCUGAGACGCUUUCCCCUGAACCGCAGACCAAGACUUUGCACGGUUCAAGGACUGCACCGACGAGGAAUUCACCCACACAUGAGAAAAAAGAAAAUAAACGCUCAAACUUAUUGGAGCCCGAAGGAACAAAGUCAACUCGAGUGGAGCCCACAUGCCUGCCCACAGUGGGAACAUGGGAGUUUGAACUGGAAGAUAAAGAAUACGCACUCUUUCUGGAGUUGUUUCUCAGCUAUGUGCUGGAGAAAGACAGUCUGGACGCUGAGGACUCUGAGCUGCCGUUAUUGAGCAGUUUCUCCAAACAGCUCCAUACAAAAGAGCUGCACUCUGUGACCUUUGACAUGCUAACAACACUCAAACGAUGUCAGAGAGACGGGUAUCAAACCGGCUGUGAGCCUGGUGCACGGUUACCUCUGUUCCGGGCCGGCCGCUGUUUCCAAACUGUCCCGGUAACCCCAGAACCUCCCCUCACCAUUGGUCCGGCCUCGUCUGUCCAAAGCAAUGCCCAGAUAGCUACAAACGCUACGCCUGUUCAGGCUCUCCCUGGUGUUGGGAAGCAGCAAGGACUUUUUGGGCUUGGCCAACAGGCUGCGCUAAUGUCCAAUGAGGUUAAAGCGAAUUUGAUUGGUUCAGAGGUCAGGGGCAGUCAAAGCUCUCUCCCGUUCGAGUCCUGGGCCUUUAAGAUCCUCUCACCUGCUGAGUUAGAUGUUCAGGUCCAGCUGGAUUCCAUGCUGGAGAGCCGGUUUCCUCAGCUGGCCAGGCUGUUGGAAUGGAUGAUGCGCUGGGCGGACAGACGGGUUCUGCUCCCUUGGCCAAUCAGAAUGAAGUCGGAGGGCUCCAGUGAUUCUGUGGUUAUAAGGGCCAAAGCAACGACACCUGCAGUGCUGUUUGCUUUGGAGCUUUUAGAGCCGAGGUACACCGCCGCCCUGCUGGCCACAGACAAACAUGACAUCGGUUUUAAACGGUCAAUCACAGACCGGAGGAAAGACGGAGACAGAAGUGUAGACACGGGUUACCCGGCAUCUGCUGGAACACCCGUUAUCCUGCCAGACCUGGACGCCCAACACACCUACAGCCACGACACGUGUGAGGUUGAAGAUGUUGUGGAUCAGACAGACAGUCAGCUUUCUGAGGAGGAGGAUGUAAUAUCUGAUAUAAAGAAUAACAUCACUGCGAUUAGAGGAGAGAUCAGACGGUCACCUGUGGCCGAAGACGAUGAAAGCAGUUUUGCUGAUGCCACUGAGGCUACAUGGCUGUCGUCCAAUCAGGAAAGAGCUCCCAGAGAAGCCAAAGAUCAGGCGUUAACACUGGCUGAUCUGGAGAGUCUCCACACAAAUGAACGUUCAGAAGAUUCAUUGUCUGAGGGAAAUCACAUCUCCUGUGGAGCGCUGGACAGGGACGCUCCCGUAGAAGCACGCAGACGUGAGGCGUCAGAUGUCCAGCAGUCUUCACACGUGAUGCCAGAAGAGGGCAUGAGACGGACGGAAGGACAGAGCUGUAGUCACCCACCCGGUUCUGAUCCACCUCGCAACAGAGCAGAGACGCAGACGGAUCCCGUCAGACAGCUGCUUCAGGAUGAGUUAUUCCGAUUAGUGCAGCUUCAGCAGAUCAACUUCAUGAGUCUCAUGCAAGUGGUGGGGGCAUCCUUCUCAAACCUGCCGCUGUCUCAACACAACCCGCUGCAGUCUAAUGUGAUGCUAUCACAGACAGCCGUGACGUCUGCGCCGCCGCCGUGUGACCACAGAUCUGAACCCACACACGGUCAAACCCAGAACAUCCAGCCUGCUUCAUGCGACGGCCCUAAAGGUCCUACACGAGUCUCUGGAGCAGAGAGGGUCAAUCGCCGUGGGAACGAUAACAGACAUCUGGUACAUUUAACAUCUGCUGUGAAUCACAGACAUGACGGUGAACAACGGAACCUUUCCCUCAGACCUCAGGCCCUCGAGCAGCUGACCAUUCGCUCCGACUGGCCUCAGGACGGUCACACAGACGGCAGGAGUUUCAUCCCGACCUCACAAGGGCUGCUCACUACUGCGCGUAAUGCAGUCGCGCAGACGCCUGCGCAGAGAACCGCUCCCUUUCCACCCAGACUCCGCCUUUUACAGCUGCAACCACCACAGCCAAAUGAUCCCAGACCUCCCUCUCCUCCCGUGAAGGAGGCCUGGGGUCCGAAUCCUCACCCCCCUUCGGUUCACAGCAACAUUCUCCCUAGUCGGUCCAGACCCUCGUCUGGGUGUAGAGCUGAGGAUACGGGCAGAACGUGGGUGGAAGCAUCAGCGCCACCAUCACACCUUCAUGAUGACAGAGAGAGAACGGGAGCUCUGCGUUUCCCUCCUGCUCCUCACAGAGCCGUUCCAGCGGUGGGUCUCCCUCUGCUGCGUUUUCACCCCGACGCACAACGGACUGUGACGCUGCCUCGCGUCCCACAACCCACCACGCCAAAACCGCCCAAUGUGGGUGUCGCAGGCACGGGUCACUACCCCAGACUUCAGCUGCUGCGUAGAGAUCCUGAUCCGCCCAGUGCUGGGAUGCGGAUCAACACGCCCCCGGUACGAACCCCUCGUCUCAUCCCUCUGGAGGAGCUGUUGAGAUGGGCCGCCGGGAAGCAGACGGCAAGUGCUGAUGGGAAACUACAGCUGUUAAAAACAGACCACAUAGUGCAGAACAGUCACACGAGCAGCCCGUCCAGCAAGAGACGGAAGAGGAGAGAGGAGAAAAAUAAGAAUGAGAAGAUUAAAGUCACGUUCAGACCUGAGGAGUCCAUCAUACCUCCAGAUGAGAUUCUUCAGCCUGCAGAAGAGGUGUGGGAUCAGAAUGAUGGUUAUGUCACUCCUUUAGGCGCGAUGGAUUCUGAAUUAACUGGACAGAUGCUGUUGGAUAAGAUGUAUUCCACCUCAGCCGAGCUCCAUGCAUACGCCUCCACGCAGAAGAGACCUCCUGAAAUCCAUGACGCCUGUACCAACACUGACCCGGAAGUUCUGCUUCGGUUUACUCUAGAACCGUCUCGGUCCAUCACCGAUAAAGCCGUGUCUGUUCAGCUGCCCUCAUCUCCCAUAAUGCCUAGCGCUUCUACAGGCAAUGGAGGUCGUGUAGGUGUUGCUCCAGUAGUUCCUCCAGAUGUGUUCUUGAAUCUGCGUUUCUCUAAAGAAACAUCUCCAGACCGGCCAGAGGGCACCGAUUCAAACGCACAUAUUAAUGCUGAGGGAAGAAGGUUCAUCAAUGUGAUCGAUUUAGCUGAUGACUCAUCCCAAGCCCCCAACUCUCCGCCCUCAUUCGCUCAGCUCCACCUCUUGGCAGCCCGUGCUGUAAACUCCGCCCCAAUCAACACUAAGCCAAUUUUAUCGACCGAGGAGCUUCCUGGUCCUGCUGUAAGAUCCUCGUCUCCUCCGGCUGUGGAAGCUGAUGAUGUGCUCAGCGGAGAUCGCAUUACUCUGAGCGUGCUCUCGGGCGUGAAGAUCCAUUCCAGCUCUCUGGGCCGGGUGUUCCUGUCCCGGACUCAGAUCUCAGAGCGGCUGACAGAGAUGGACGCCCAGCUCGCCAGACUGCAGGACAUCGCCGAUAACAUUGACAAAGAGUUUGCCGACACUAGACUGCUGACCAUAGAAACACAAAACCCUGUCAUGAUGCCCAGAGUGGAGAGGAAACCUUAUUCCAGACAUGUGACGACCUUCCAAGAAGUGAAAAAUGACAACCCGUCGAUGAUGAAUUUGGGACCGGCGGCCAUCCGGGAGCCAGCAGAUGAGGAGAUUUUGUCUUCUACGGUUUGCAACCAAAGUUCAGCCCCGGGUGAACAUUCCCCUCCUGCAGUGAAACAAGAGCAGCGUGUGCAGGACACGGAUGGAGAUUUGACAGAAUCUUUGUUUGAGGAUCCCGAACCACGGGCGGAUGAGACUCUGGGUCUGACCGGACUCAGCGAUGUGAAAGACAUCCUGUCAGAGUUAAUCAGGGACGGGGUCUUGUCCCGCUCAGCUUUGGGGCUUUCUCAAAGAGGAGCUCAUACAUGUAAAUCAAGCAGCUGCAGGUCAGAGGUGAAGCAGGGAGGAGUCAUGAUGGAGGAGGAGAGGAGAGACGUGAGGAUCUGGAUGAGGAGGAAACAGAGAGAAAGACUGAUGAAAUAUCACAAAGAGAGAGAAGAGAAAAGAGAACAAGAGCACAGACCCUUCACGUCUCCUCUGACACACAAUCCAUCAUCUGUAGAUCUGGCAACAACUAAGAAAACAAAACAAGAAAAAGACAAGAUGAUUCUACAGGAACAUUAUGAACAGAGAGCCCGAGACGCCUGCAGUCUGAUCACCGAUCUGCUCACAACACCUAUUAACCUCCCCACAAAACCCCAAGAGAGACUCCCACAAAGGAGCAGCAGUCAGUCAUCGAUGAGAAACAAGAAAAGCCCUAAAGGUCAAACCGGACCUUACAGACGCUGGGCGUCCUCUCUUGGAAAAACAGUUGUGCUUCAGAGGAAAUCUACAACGAAACCAAACGGAUCAUUGAGCAACAGAUUCGGGCUACACAGACCAGCGAGCGGUCUACCAGGUGACCGGCUGUCACAGGUGACACGACGUGGGAUACUGACAGACCUGAAAGCCAGACAAGAAACAAAGACGAAUCAUCGAAAGCUGAAAAAUGGUUUCCAACCAUCUACAGUUAAAGAUCAGACACGUGUGGAAGAUUGGAACCCCGAGGACUCCGCUGAGGUCAGCAGCAUUCUGGGAUUAAAGGACAAAGAGAACAAACAGGGAUUUGAGGAGUUUGAUGAAGCGUUCGCACAUGUGGAUCCUCUGAGAGAUCUGGUGGGAUUCGACGCUCUUUCUGACAGCACCGGCAGCGUUCUCAGCAAACUGGACUGGGCCGCCAUCGAGAAAAUCGUCGCUGAAGAGGAAGAUCAAUAGUGGUGGAGAAACUGGACAGACGUUUCUAAAAACGUUCUGUUUUCAUUACAGUGAAAUCUCUUGACUGGGAAUGAUUUCCAUAUUUGGAAUUUCUUUGGACUGUAAUUUAUGUGCUCUUAAUAAACAAGAGUCUUGCUAUGUGGUAUGAACAAAACAAUUUUAAAGCAACAGUAGAAUGUAACGAGGAUGCUUAAAACCUUUAAUAUAUUUUACAGUUCAUUGCAAGCGUUUUAAACGUAUAGAAAUAUGUAAUUUUAGUGUUUUUUCAAUUGAUUGUAUUUUUUGGUUGAUAUUCCUUUCAUAAAAUAUGCGUCAGGCAAAAACAACAAACGUUCUCUUAUUUAUGACUUAUUAAAUAUUAACUCGGCAGAAAUAUUAUCAGAUUGAACAGGAGUUUCUUUGUGUUUUAACCAACAAAUCUGGGCUGGGUUUCCGAAACCUUCAUAUCACUACGUCGUUCUUAAGAUCGCUAUCACUCUUAGGCCCGGUUUCAUAGACAAUGCUUAGCCUAAACCAGGAUUAUGCCUUAGUUAAUUUAGGCUAUUUAAAUCACUUUUAUUAAAAUGCCUUAGAAAAAAUAAUUACUGGUGUGCAUCUUGAGACAAAAAAUAUUUGGCACUGAAAUAUUUUAAGAUGUUAUUUUCAGGUGAGACAGCUCAAAAUUCAUUUUAGUCUGAGACUAGUCUUAAGCCUUGUCUGUGAAACCAGGGAAUAAGGUAUAACUUAAGAAUGACGAGAGAAUUCCCUUGAAACAAAAUAUGAAAAGCAUUCCAAAACAUGUCACAUGCUAAGUAAUAAACAAAACUCCUUCAUACCUA